GCUUUCGAGAGAGCAGAUAUUGGGAUAGACAAGAAAUCCGAUUAUUCAUUGAAAUGAUGGUUUAUUAAAGAGAAAUGCUUCUUAGUGAAUGUUGUUAAUGUUGAGGCACGUAGGUAGGAGCAACGCGAUAGUAGGCGCUGAACAGAACAGCUCAUACUUUGAAUAAGGUCUCCUGUCCUGGGGUAUAUUUGACAGAGAAGAAUGAUGUUUAUCUCACUGUUUGCAUCCUGGGUCAGAGCAAGGAGACUGAUUGCCUUCCUCCCAUUUUCCCCCUCAUGUUUCAUGAGAAAAUGUGGUUUGAGAAGGUAUUUGAAAAAGCUACAAAUCCUGUUACUGUAGUGGAACUGCUAGAAAGAAAUGUGACGAAAUUUCGGUUAUCUGAACUGAUACCUACAGAGGGAGAAGAACUAGCAUUUUAUGAAGCAAAUACUCGAGAUUUUCUAUUUCCAGAGCCCAAAUUGACUCCUGUGUAUCCUGGUGUGGAAAGAGAGUUACUGAUGAAAACACAUCCAUCUUUCCCAGGCAUUGCGCCAAAAUUAGAGUUUUCCACAAGGACAACCAUUACUGAACUUCCACUGCUGUCCAGAAGAUGGUACCAUGACAGAGGUAAAAUCAAGUUACGAACGGCUAACUCAGCAUCACCUCAGCGAAGGAGCAUCUCACCAAUACGAUGUAGAGCAACUAGGAGGGAUAGUAUCUCUAAGAGACUUACAAGAUCCUUAGGAUCCCGUUCUCCAUCUCCAAGCCCAACAAAACACUUCCGUGAUUUUGGCAGAGGCAGGCAGCAGCAGCAGCAGCAGCAGCAGCAGCAGCAGCUCUCUCCUUUGAGCUUGAGGUCUGUUAAGUUCAAAGCAGAAACAGACCUCAGGCCACCUUUUGUAGUCAGACAUGUAGACCCUUCUAAAUCAUUUGCUGAACAAACUCCGUCACUGGUACCAUAUCAAUAUUCAAGACAAAAUGUUGGUUCAGCAAGGAAUUCUCACAAAUCUCAGUUGAAACGAGCAUUAUCUUUUGAUAGCUGGAAAUCGUCAUGUCCUGCAGCUAAGGUUAUCAGAGAGCCAGAUGGCUGCAGCUGUUCUGAUCCUGUUCCAUCAUCUCUUGAAACAGAGGGAGCUCUCAAUUACUCAUGCAGCAAUUCUGCAUUAGACCACAAAGCACUGUUUAGCUGUCCAAACCGUUACCAGUCACCAAGUCCUAGUGGAACAUGGGAAUCUUCCCAACAGAGGUUAUACUCCAGCCCCAAUGACGCCUGGGAAGAGAUUAAUGAGAGAGUAAGGAACCUCUUAACCUCAGAGGAGGCCAGGCAGAGACUUUCCCUUGGAGCCACCGACUCUGAGAUUGAUGAUGUCCUUGAAAGAAGGUCUGUCUCUUUGAGGUCUUCCCCACUGUGUGACUCACUAGGACAAAGAUACUGUUCGUAGCUGUCAUUGGCAAGAUAAUAAAGUGCCUUCGCAGAGAUAAUGCAGUCCCCUUGGGAUAUGGAAGACCUCUUGGUGCUAAAUCUCCAUUCCGUAACAGACUCAUGGAUGAAAUAAUUUUCUGUGUGAUGUGUCAUCCAAACUGGUUUGAAAACAAGUCUCUAUAUUUUAUGAUUGUGCUGAAAAAGAGUAUUUGAUUAAAUGGCUGAUUUAUAUAUUUUCUAUGGACUACAAACAUAUCAGCUCAUUAAGGACUGAAGCAAUAAUAAUGUUGACAGCAUAAUACAUCCUUGGACUUGGGCUGUUGAAAGUAUUUUCUGUGAAAGACUUCUUGGGAUUUUCAUACCAUUAUGGUCUUGUCUUUCAGCGGCUUAUGGCUAUGUUUAAUUGAAGUGGUUUUGCAAUGAAUGGAGUUGCUUACAAUCAGGGGGUGUCAUUUUGAAUUUCAUCAAAAUGUCAGUCAUGUAUGAGGAAGAUUCAUAGCUUCAAAACACAAAGACCCACUGGUGGGCUAUGUUCAAGA